GGAAGAUCUGUAAACCGAGAUUUCUCCUUUUCUUAUGGAUUGUGUGUUUCGCUGCUUUCCUUCUCGAUCCAACAAAACAGUCUCUUCUCUAACCGGCGUGCACUUGUCGGGCCUGCAAUACCUGGUGUUUUCUUCAUUAUUGCUCGAUAUCUCGGCCAAAAGUCGUCGCCACCAUGAAUACGAUCGAAACGAUCCGGACUGUGCUGAAUAUCGCUUACAUGUAGAACCUAAAACUUAAGAGGAGGAGUUAUUUACUGUUUCUAUCGAGCAAGAAAAACCAAAUGGGAGACCCUCUUAGUAUAUGUCCGGAACGAUUUCGCAGUGACCAGUCGCUUUCAGCUGUAGAAGUUGUGUCCUUGGAUUGCAUCAACCAUAACAAUGGCAAAAGCGAGCGAGAGGUCUUGAUGCAAGGUCUCAAAAUAAACGGCCGAGUCAAAACCCUCGGACAAAACCGUGGCAACCCCUAGUGCGCACAAAGAUUGGCAGAUCACGUUGAUCGAAGCGGAGAAGAUGUUGAAAAGAAAUGGUCCUGAAUUGCUUGAUAACCCUAAUGGAAUAUGAUUUCCGUGGUCAAAAUUACAAGAUCUUCAAGAAGAUCAGGCCCACACAUUUUGCGCUUUCCUGAGCUGGAUAAGAGUGCUCCCGUAUCUGUAAC